CAGAGACUCCACAUUACAGGGCACGCUGCCGGACUGGCGGUGAGUGGCUGCAGCAGAGACUCCACAUUACAGGGCACGCUGCCGGACUGGAGGUGAGUGGCUGCAGCAGAGACUCCACAUUACAGGGCACGCUGCCGGACUGGAGGUGAGUGGCUGCAGCAGAGACUCCACAUUACAGGGCAGGCUGCCGGACUGGCGGUGAGGGCGCUCGGCUCCGAGUGGCUGCAGCAGUCGCCGUCUCCUCGGAUGUGCACUGCUCGGCGUAGUAAAUCUGUGUCUCUCUCUGAACACGCCUGUCUGCGCUGCUCCCUCCCCCUCUCCCUCCACCCUGCAGUCACAUCCUGCAGUCUCUGUCUCUCUGCUGCCGCUGCUGUCUCCGGGGUCUCUUCCUGCUGGGAUUGGGAGAGACAUCUGUCUGUUGUCUCAUAAGGUUACCCCACACCCAACCGAGCCGAAGUCCCUCCGAGCCCCCGGCCAUUGCAGACUGUCUCUGUAGCCGAGGCCCGUGAGAUGUGUGAGGCCCUUGCUAGCUGUCUGUGGAUCUAGUAGCCUGCUGCUAUACGGAUGCUUGUGGACCCAGAAGACUCCUGCGUGGAUCUGUGUGGCUGUCUCUUCCUGGAUAUAUGAGCGGCUGUCUCUAGACUCCUAAUGACGUCUCACUGGACAGGACUGGCCGGCCGUCUCUUAGCUUCUGUGGAUGUCUCUUUCUGCUGUCAGGAGGCCUGAGAUCUCCGGGGACAGAAAACAGGAAACCUGGAUCGUAUGUGGACUGAUACUCCGACCAUGUGCUUGAGGCCUAAGAGAAACCACAGUCCUGCAGGUGUCCCCCCACUGACGGGGAACCGUCCACACUCCUUCUGAUGGGACACGGAGUGCCGCCAUGUCAGAGGUGGGGGGUGGCUGUGGGCGCCGCCGCCUGCUGGAUGAAGAGUUCACUCUGCAGGUUUACCCUGGCAGCAUCUCCCCAGAUGUCAUCUACUGUCCAGUGCCUGCCCGCCGACACACCACAGCUGCUGAUGUCAUUGAUGCUGUCAUUACAGCACUGCGCUUGGAAAGGGCCAAGUGCUACGUACUGGCUGAGGUCAAGGAAUUUGGUGGAGAAGAGUGGAUCCUUAACCCUACUGACUGUCCUGUGCAGCGCAUGAUGCUGUGGCCCAGACUUGCCUUAGAGGCUCGUGGGUCUGGAGAGGACUAUCGAUUUCUCCUGCGGGAAAAAAAUGUGGAUGGCUCCAUCCAUUAUGGAAGUCUCCAGUCUUGGCUAAAAGUGACCGAAGAGCGCAGGCGCAUGGUUGAGAGGGGUUUCCUUCCCCAAGAGCAGGGACCAGAAUGUGAGGACCUAUGUGGAUUGCCUGAUCUAAGUGAGAGGGCGCUACUUGAGACUCUUAGAACACGCUUCCGGCAAGAGAAGAUCUACACUUACGUUGGAAGCAUCUUGGUGGCCGUCAACCCAUUCCGUUUCUUACCAAUCUACAACCCUAAAUAUGUGAAGAUGUAUGAUAACCGAAGGCUUGGAGACCGUGAACCUCACAUAUAUGCAGUGGCAGAUGCUGCUUACCAUGCUAUGCUCCGUCGUCAGCGGAACCAGUGCAUUGUUAUUUCUGGGGAAACAGGCUCUGGAAAGACUCAAAGCACAAAUUUUCUUAUCCAUCAUUUGACUGCCCUUAGCCAGAAAGGAUAUGCCAGUGGAGUGGAACAGAUAAUAUUAGGUGCUGGACCUGUGCUGGAGGCUUUUGGAAAUGCUAAGACGUCUCAGAACAACAAUUCCAGUCGCUUUGGAAAAUUCAUCCAAGUCAACUAUCAUGAGACGGGCACAGUGCGGGGAGCUUAUGUGGAAAAGUAUCUACUGGAGAAGUCUAGGCUUGUAUACCAGGAACAGCAAGAGAGGAAUUACCACGUGUUCUAUUAUCUAUUGGCUGGAGCAAGCGAAGACGAGAAGACUGAGUUUCACCUUGAUCACCCAGAAAACUAUCAUUACCUGAACCAGAGGCAACGGAAGCCGCAAAGACAGAACUGGGGAGGCUACGAUGGGGACGAUGAAACAGAUUCUUUGAGUGGGGAGGGUGAGGACCUGAGACAUGACUUUGAGCGUCUGCAGCUGGCAAUGGAGAUGGUUGGCUUCCUGUCAGCUACACGUAAACAGAUAGUUUCUCUCUUGUCUGCAAUCCUUCAUCUUGGUAACAUCCAGUAUAAGAGGAAGACCUACCGAGAUGAGUCAAUUGAUAUCUCAAAUCCCGAUACCUUGCACAUUGUUUCUGAUCUUCUAAAGGUUCGAGAAGAAAUGCUCUUGGAUGCACUGAUUACCAGGAAAACUGUUACAGUUGGGGAAAAGCUAAUCUUGCCGUACCGUCUGCCAGAGGCUGUUACAGUCAGGGACUCUUUGGCAAAGUCUCUUUACAGCGCCUUGUUUGAUUGGAUUGUCUUCCGUAUCAACCAUGCCCUGCUUAACAUCAACAGCAAGGCGAUAGAUGAAGGGAGUCAGACACUUUCAAUUGGAGUCCUUGAUAUCUUUGGCUUUGAAGAUUACGGCAGCAACAGCUUUGAACAAUUCUGUAUUAACUUUGCCAAUGAACGUUUGCAACAUUAUUUCAAUCAGCAUCUGUUUCAGCUGGAGCAGGAGCAAUAUCGUCUGGAGGGAAUAAGCUGGAGUAAUAUCAACUACAUUAAUAAUGAAGGCUGCAUCAACUUGAUCAGUAAGAGACCAACGGGACUGAUCCAGCUACUGGAUGAAGAAAGCAACUUCCCACAAGCUACUCAUCAAACCUUGCUUGAGAAAUUUAAACGUCACCAUGAAGGCAACCCCUACAUUGAGUUUCCAGCCGUUAUGGAGCCAGCAUUCAUAAUCCAGCACUAUGCUGGAAAGGUUAAAUAUGGUGUUAAGGAUUUCCGUGAGAAGAACACAGAUCACAUGCGGCCUGACGUUGUGGCCUUACUGCGCAGCAGCAGGAAUGCCUUUAUUCGUGGAAUGAUUGCUGUCAGUCCCGUCGGAGCAUUUCGUUGGGCAUUGCUAAGAGCAUUUUUCAGAGCUCUGUGGGCUUUUAGGCAGAGCGGGAAAAAUUAUACGGGCAAAAAAACUGGCUCGGGCCCCCUCAGCACACCGGGGCCUCCUGGCUCAUCUCACAAAGGCCUUUCUAGCUUUAGCUUUCUUCAGCACCCCGUCCACCAAAGGAGUUUACAGAUCCUGCAGAGGUGUCAGAACGACCAAUACAAUAUUCCUCGUCCAACUCCUCGUACUCCUCUCUCUGACCUACAAGGUGUAAACACAAUACAGGAAAGGACUCCUCCUCGGGAACUGACAUGGUCAACAAGAAGACAUCGCCUGUCAUCCUCCAACUCCUACCUGGAUGGUGGUGGAAUUUUCAUCAGCUCCUCCAGUUCCAAUGUGAACACCAGUGAUAGCAAACUACUAGAAAGGGCACAUGGCAUUCUUAUGCGAAACAAGAGCACAAAGUCUAAGUCUACUCUUCCUAAGAACCUUUUGGAUGUGAAGUCUCUGAAACAUCUGUCUAAUCUCACCCUUCAUGAUCGCAUUACUAAGUCCCUGCUACAUCUUCAUAAGAAGAAGAAGCCACCGAGUAUUAGUGCGCAGUUCCAGGCUUCUUUGAACAAGUUGAUGGAAACCUUGGGGCAGGCAGAGCCUUAUUUUGUGAAAUGCAUCCGUUCAAAUGCUGAAAAGGUGCCUUCGCGUUUCAAUGACUCACUGGUGCUCAGACAGCUUCGCUACACUGGAAUGCUAGAAACCGUCCGAAUUCGCCAGUCUGGCUACAGCUGCAAGAUUCCCUUUCAGGACUUUGUCACUCAGUUUUCAGUAUUAUUGCCAAAAAAUGCUACCCCUACCCGCCAGAGUAUCCAGGAAUUCUUUUGGAAGAUGAGUCACAGCCCAGAUCAGUAUCAAGUUGGCAAAACCAUGGUUUUUCUGAAGGAACAGGAGCGACAGUGCCUCCGAGACAUGUUACAUCAGACAGUAUUACAGCGCACCGUUCUGUUACAGCGGUGGAUAAGAGCCAUGCUGCAGCGCAAGAGAUUUUUGCACCUUAAGGAUGCUGCUAUCACUAUUCAGAGAUACUGGAGGCAUUACAAGAAAAGGUCGAGUGAAGAGGAAAUGCAAGCCAAAGAACAUACCCUUCAUCAGGCUGCUUGCAUUAUCCAGUCCUGGUGGAAAGGUUAUAAAGCUAGAAAAGAUUACCAACAGAUAACAGAAUCAACUGUUAUCAUACAGACAUUUUGGCGAAAAUCUUGGCUUCAUAGGCAGAGGGCAGCAAUAUGCAUCCAAACUGCCUGGAGGGGCCAUGUCGCAAGGAGGCAGUAUAAAUGCAAGAGAAAGGACAUUGUUACAUUACAAGCAGCAUGCAGAGGAUUUAUAACAAGGCGAAGGGUACGGUCAUUAAAGGAAGACGUGCCAAACUACUCGAUGCAGGACAAUUCCCUAGAAGAUAAUGCCGUCUUCAAUUCCCCAUUGCAAUCUCCUGACACUGAUGUUAGUCACUGGGAAGACAUCUCUGAACAAAGCCAAACAAGCUCCUUAAAUGCAGCACUCCCUGGAAGGGCUGGUGAAGUUCAGUUUAGAGAGAGACCAAAAUCCUUGGAGGAUCCUAAUCAAAGGAAGGUGGUCCGAGCCAAAAGAGAAAGCCGUCGCAUGAGAGAGCUAGAGCAGGCACAAUUUAGUCUUGAGUUGCUGAAAGUACGUAGUAGUGGAGGCGCGUCUCCAUCAGAUGAGAGGCGUUGGUCUGCAGAAUUAAUUCUAAAUAAAGUUCCAGAUACCCCUGAAAGUGAGGGGUCUUUUGGCAGCUUGGAACUUAUAAGCUGUGAAGAAAAUACACAGCCUUCUGAGGAACCUACAACAAAUGUGGAAUCUACCUACAACAAACCAUUCAGCUCCCCAACUCAUAGACAUCCUGAAAAUUCCAGUGAACUUUCACAAGACCUCUUUGAAAUACCCAGAUCUUUGAUUUCUCAAGAACCUGACUCUAAACCAGUGAGUUCUCAGAUAAGCAAAUCUGUUAGCUCACCUACGAGAGACUUGGCAAACACUCCUAGAUAUGAAACGCAGACUAGUGAUGACAAACCAACAAUUCACUCCAGUAAUGAACACCCAAGUUCUUCCAUUUCUAGCAAAGUAAGCUCCAGUUCUUCACCGGUAAAAACACACUCCAAUAGCGGGUCACCUUAUUCUCAUUCUAAUGGCAUACCUUGUGCUUCUUCUGGAGAAAACUCAAUCUCUGGUAGAGAAGAAAAUGUUUCUUUUAAUGGACAUAUUACAUCAUCUGUUGAAACUUCUUUACCAAGUCCUACAGUUAAAGAGUCUCUUGUCUCUGAUAUAAAAACUGUCCCAUCACAAAACAAAGCCUCCUCUGAGAUCCAUAAAUGUUCCACGCCCCAUCAUCCCCCUUCACCUUCAAGCAAUGCAGUUGAUAUUGCCUGGGGUUCUUCAUCCAGUUGGAGGCAAACGCCUCCUGCAUAUGAACUGUCUGAAAGUGCACCAGCCAAACCCUCCGUCCCGUUUUCUUACAAGACUCACCCUCGUGAGCCCCAACUUUCCUGUAGCCUCCCUACCUUUUAUGUCCCAAACCAGGGAACGCUGAGAACACAGGAGCACAAUGAUUUUGGAGUUGCUCCCACUGACACCGUCCUUCAGAGACUUCAGAAGCUUAAUAAAGAAAAGGAGGAGCUUCAGAAGCAGCUGCAGCAAGAAAAAGAAAGACUUAUGAUGGAGCAAAUUCGCAAAGAAAAACAAGAGUUGGAUAGACAACGUAAACUGCAGGAACAACAGGGACAUAAUCCAGAUAACCGUUUGCACUUUUCAAAGAGUACCACAAAGAAUCAGUCUGAUAGGCCUCAGUCUCUUCUGUUACAGAAUACGCACUGGAAGAGCUCUCCUGCUAAGACAGAGAUCAAAGGCUUGACCGUUAAAGGGAAGACUGGUUUAGUCUCGCACAAUAACCGUCCAGUUAGCAUGUUCUUGGAUCAAAGGGAGUUACGAGAAGCUCCCAAAGGAGAUGUGACAGGAGACAUAGGUGAUUCAGGGAGACGUCCCUGGUUGCACAGCACUGUGAAUUCCAACAUCUUUUUUACCCCAAAAGGGAACAUUAGUAGUGACUCAGACAAUUCUUCCCUUCAACCUCAUCGAUCUGCACGCAGUGAACUUCCAAGGAGGUUGGAUGCCACUGAGCCAUCUGGAAUAAGUGAGGCGCCACAUAGACGGAAAGCUCGUAUGGCACGAACCCGAUCAGAUUUCAUGACUAGAGGAGGUCUUGGGGGGGGAGACUCUGAGGAGGAUUCAGAUGAACAGGGGGAGCGGAUUCCCCCCUCUGACCCAACUGUGGAAUCAGGCAGACUGAUCCAGGCAUGUCACAGCGACUCUGAAAUGAUGUUACAGAAAAUUCAGGGUGUGGAGAGGCUCAGCAAACUUCAAAAAGCUGUGUCUCAAGGAGAGAUGUCCCGCUUACUACCUGCUCACCGCACUACAGAGCAAGACUCUAGACCUCAGAGAGGAAAAAUUCGCUUUUGGGGGAAGAUGAAAGCAGCAGAAAAGUUGACACCACAGACAGAGGUGCUAGAGAUGGACACAGAUACUUUAGGGAAAGAAGGAAUCCAUUUCAGUGAUGGGGAUCCUGGAUUAUUGCUUGUUCCUCAUAGUCCUGAUCUUAGCCGAGGACGUGAGAAGGAGAAUAAGGACCCAUCGCCUAAGGUGCAACGUAGAAGGAGUUUGAAGAUCAGUAGUGCUGCUUUGGAACCUGCACAAUGGCAGGAUGAGCGGGCUCAAAUCAUUUGCAGUGCCAGUGACUUGAAAUGUAUGGACGAAUUUUUGCUGAAAAAGAUCGGUGAUCUGGAUUCGGAAGAUGGAAAGAAGGAUUCUAUGGUUGAUGUUCUUUUCAAACGAGCUUUAAAAGAAUUCCGCCAGAACAUUUUUAGCCUCUAUUCCAGUUCACUCAUGGGAGAAGAUGGGAAAAGUAUCCGAUACAGGGACCUUGGAGCACUUUUCGAACAGAUCUUAGACAAGACCAUGAAGCAACAUCAACAAAGAAGCUGGAACGAGUCCCCAGUGCGAGUGUGGAUCAAUACAUUCAAGAUUUUUCUAGAUGAAUUUGUCACUGAAUAUAAACCUCUGAAUUAUACACCAGGGAAGACACACAAACCAGAAAGAAAGAAAAGACGGAAAAAAGAGUCAGAUAUUGUUGAGGAACACAAUGGUCAUAUUUUUAAAGCCACUCAAUACAACAUUCCCACAUACUGCGAGUUCUGUUCUUCUCUUAUCUGGAUCAUGGACCGAGCUGCUGUUUGUAAAUUAUGUAGAUUUGCUUGUCACAAGAAAUGCUGCUCCCAGAUCACCACAUCCUGCAGUAAAAAGUAUGACCACGAGUUGUCCAACCGUCACUUUGGGGUGGAACUGUCACGUCUCACUAACGAAGAUCGGACAGUUCCUGUGCUUUUGGAGAAACUCAUCAGCUACAUUGAAAUGCAUGGCUUGUAUACAGAGGGCAUUUACAGGAAACCAGGAUCCACUAAUAAGAUUCGGGAACUGAGGCAGAACCUUGACACAGAUAUUGACGGUGUGAAUCUGGAUGACUACAAUAUCCAUGUGAUUGCCAGUGUCUUCAAGCAGUGGUUGAGGGAACUUCCCAAUCCUUUGAUGACGUUUGAGCUCUAUGAAGAGUUCCUUAGAUCUAUGGGUCUUGGUGAUCGUAAGGAAACCGUGAGGAGAGUGUAUUCUGUAAUAGACCAGCUCUCCCGGACACAUCUCAGUACAUUGGAGAGACUCAUCUUCCACCUUGUCAGGAUUGCCCAGCAGGAGGAAACAAAUCGCAUGUCUGCCAAUGCACUGGCAAUUGUGUUUGCCCCAUGCAUUCUCCGUUGUCCAGACACUACAGAUCCACUGCAGAGCGUACGGGACAUUGGCAAAACCACUGCUUGUGUGGAGCUGAUUGUUGUGGAGCAAAUGAAUAAAUAUAAAGCACGUCUGAAGGAUAUCAACAGUCUAGAGUUUGCAGAGAACAAAGCCAAGAGUCGCCUGUCCCUAAUCCGCAGGUCCAUGGGAAAAGGAAGGCUUCGCUCAAAUCUGAGCCCUGUUAUUUCGGGCCGUUCCCCUGUUCCAGAUGCAUCUGGUGACCAUGGGUUAUCCACCAUUCCUUCUGAAGAUGAGUCUUCAGAGCAAAAAGAAGCAGCCAUGCAACAAGAAGAAAGAGUUUUGGCCCAGCAGAUAGAGACUCUGCAAAAGGAGAAGGAGGAGCUUGCCUAUGAAAUGCUAGCUUUAGAGCCAAGGGCUUCAGAUGAUGAGACCUUGGAGUCUGAAGCAUCUCUUGGGACUGCAGACAGCUCGGAAAACCUCAACUGUGAGUCUGAAGGGGCAGCAUCCAUCAGAGCAGAAAGAGCGCUAGUUCCGCGAGGUCCACGGUCAGAGGCGACAAGAGUACGGAGACCAGUGAAGAGAGAUAAUGACAGCACAGAUGGUGGGGACCGCAACCUUUCUUCUCCCAUCGCUUCAUCUUGCUUACCCCACCUUGGAAAAAAGAGGUUCCACUUACAUUCUAAAUCCCCCUUUUACCGGGAACCUUCUUCAACAGACUCUCAAGACUCUGGGGCCCCUGUACACUUUACAAGCCGUGGAACUUUUAAUCCCGAGAAAGGACGACAGAAAUUAAAGAAUGUCAAACAAUCUCCUCAGAAAUUGAGGGAUCCUCCAGAGAGUGGGGAUCAAAGGAUUCUGGGAUCAGAUGGCAGCUCACAAUCUGUUGUCUUGUUUGGGAACAAUGAAUUUAUGGUGUGAAGGAAGUAUAUUGUUUCCCUUGUUCUUUCUUGCCAAGAGCUGUGCCCCUCACAUAGCUUUAUCCUGGUGCCUGGUUGCAAAACAGGCAACAACCAUCUGGCAUGCGCUGCCAACACAUAUCAAGGACCAGGCGGGCCAUGUUUAACAAAAGCCUUAUCCAGCUAGCCCAUCACCGAAUUUUUUAACACUCCCUUUAUGAAGACAAACUGAUCUGAACAAAAAGAAAGAGGCUUUUAUUAUAAAUAUUAUUAUAUUAAUAUUAUUAAUUUUAUUUGUGGUUUCUAAGCCCAAUAUAAAUAAACCAUUCCCUUUAAUUUAAAGCAGCAUCUGCACUGUGGUUACAUAAAGCUUUGUAAAGUUGAAGCCUCCUGAUCUGCAUGGCUCAACUUGUCUGUGGGGAAGACCCCCACAGUUUGUCUUUUUAUCUGCACUCCAGAGACAUUGUUCAAUACCCACGCUGACGGCAAACAGAAACCUGUGUCCCUCUCGAAGACAGUAUAUUCCAUUAGUUUUGUGGGAUCCACAGCGUAUGGGCUCGAGAGAAGAUUUUUUCCAGAAAGUGGAUACUCUGCUUGGAGUCCAGCGUAAUCUUUGCGCAGAAGAGGAUUUAUGUGAAUCAGACAGAGACUGGGCAGCUUCCUCUUCACACGUAAGCCUUCUGGCUGCACAUUCUACCACGACAUAAGCCUGCUGAGCCUUAUAAAGGGCAGACACUUCCAUACUGAAUGUAAAUGCCCUGCAUCUGGUAGAUGCCACUGGGUGCAAUGGGAGACUGUGCUAUCAUAUGUAUUCAGUACAAUCUGUGUAAAUUUCCGGCUGUAAGAUUCAUUACAUUGCAAGCAAACCCAGAGCUUAUUAAAAGAACAAAAGCUGCAGAA